GGAGUGUCUCAUGCAAUAUAUAUCACCAACAGCUCAGAGAAGCUGUUUGGGUUCAGCUGGCAAGCUGGACUAUUGCAUGCCUCUGAAGUUUGUGGGAUAACGCUGACUUCACAAUGGGCUCCAUCAGUGCAGCAAAUGCAGAAUUUUGUUUUGAUGUAUUCAAAGAGCUGAGAGUUCACCGUGCCAAUGACAACAUCUUUUAUUGCCCCCUGAGCAUGAUGGCAGCCUUGGCCAUGGUCUAUCUGGGAGCAAGAGGUAACACUGAGUAUCAGAUGGAGAAGGUUCUUCAUUUUGACAAAAUUGCGGGACUUGGAAGUAUCCAGACCAAGGUACAGAAAUCUAAGUGUGGCAAAUCUGUGAAUAUCCACUUUCUGUUUAAAGAAAUUCUCUCUGAUAUUACUGCACCGAAAGCCAAUUAUUCACUCCACAUUGCCAACAGACUCUAUGCUGAAAAGACAAGUGCAAUCCUACCGAUCUAUGUAAAAUGUGUGAAGAAACUGUACAGGGCUGGUCUGGAAAUGGUCAACUUCAAAACAGCAUCAAAUCAAGCCAGACAGCGCAUUAAUUCCUGGGUGAAAAAUCAGACAAAUGGACGUAUCCAAGAUUUGCUUGAACCAGGCUCUGUUGAUCUGCAUACUGUGCUGGUCCUUGUGAAUGCCAUUUACUUCAAGGGGAUAUGGAAGAGCGCGUUUAAAGAAGAAGACACUCGGGAAGUGCCCUUCAGUGUGACAAAGCAAGAGAGCAGACCUGUGCAAAUGAUGUUUCAGAAUGGUACCUUCAAUGUAGGAAGAGUGGCUGCAGAGAAAAUGAAGAUCCUGGAGCUUCCAUAUACCAGCGGAGAGCUGAGCCUGCUGGUGCUGUUGCCUGAUGACAUCUUUGGUCUGGAACAGCUCGAGAACAAAAUCAGCUUUGAUAAACUUACAGAGUGGACCAGUCCCAGUGUGAUGGAGCAGAAGAGGGUGAAAGUGUACCUCCCACGCAUGAAGAUUGAGGAAAAAUAUAACCUCACAUCUGUCUUAACAGCCUUGGGUAUGACCGACCUGUUCAGCCCCUCGGCCAAUCUCUCUGGCAUCUCUUCAGCAGAGAGCCUGAAGAUAUCUGAGGCUGUCCAUGAGGCGUACAUGGAAGUCACUGAGGAGGGCACUGAGGUGACUGGCUCAACUGUUGUGACAGGAGAUACUCAAGCAUCCUCUGAGUCUGAAGAGUUUAGGGCUGACCACCCAUUCCUUUUCUUAAUCAAACACAAUCCAAGCAACAUGAUCCUCUUCUUUGGUAGAUAUUGUUCACCCUAGAGAAAGAAUGAGUUGGAAACAAUGCUUGCCUUCCCCUCAGAAACAGCCACCCCCCUUACUCUAAUAUUGUAUAAUCUCUUCAACAUUUUCUCCAAGUGGAAAGGCUCAUGUAAGAUGCCCAUUAAGGAAACUCCCAUAGCAAAGAGAUACCUGCAGGUGAGGAAACAGUAGCAAGCAUGCUUACUUGUGUCCCUUCUCGGACUGUUUUCAGCGUUGCUUGAGCUAAGCAAAGACUGAGCCCACUGAGACUAGAGACUCUCACAAGCCAGGAAGGGGUCAAGUGAUUUUCAUUCAAGGAACUAGUUGCAGAUAUGAAUGGGAUAAUCUUUGGGAGUCCAUUACAUAGAAAGACAUGGGCUGUGCUCAUCCCAUCCCCUGGUAGCAUCCUGCUGACAAACCCAUGUUGUUGUUCCUGAAACACAGUCCUUGAGAUCUCUAGUCUGGAGGAGAUGCUUGUGGAUAAGACUCUGCUAUGCAGGUUAUUAAUUGGUGCCUAUGUAAAUUUUAUUUUUUUUUAUUUAGCUGUUGGGAAAUGGUGUACAUUAUCACCAGAGUUGUCCUCUCACCAUGAAUACUUCACAUAAUUCAGAAUUUCUUUCAGAGGUUCUUCAAAGUGAUGGAGAGUGCAAGGAGAUCUAACGUACUUAGGUGCAGUUAUGCCUUCUCACAAUGUGUAGAUUUGAAGCCUUAAACAUGGAUAUCUGGAUGAUCCAGAUUAUCCAGGACUCAGAACUACCAGGCAAAAGAGCUGAAUUCUUGCCUAAAACACCUGAAGAACUUAAAAUUUGAGAUUAUUUUGAUUUUUGUGAAAAAUACUGCAAGUGGUGCUAAAGAAACUGAUUUUUCCACAAGGAAUUUUAUGAAAAAACACAGCUUUUAAAAUAAUCCCAUCUCUGUUGGUCUUGCUUAGCUAGUACACUUCAAUUAGUCCCUGGAAAGCUCUCAAGUGUUCAAAAUUCAAGUACAUUAUUAUUCCAUGAAUGCAGCUGGGCUUCUUCAUUCCCAUGAUAAUUCGAGGCUACAUCUCUUGUUCUCAAGAAACACAUGAGAAUACUAAUAUUCUCUGUCUUUUGUUCCUAUGUGUCUAUUGCCAUCUCCAAAUAUGGAUAUAUUGUCUCAAUACUAUUACCUGUUUUCAUUCUAAUCAUACAUUAUUGAGUUUGAUGCGUACAAUUGAUUUUUUUGUUAACAUAAUAAAAGAAAGUCACAAA